AUGUCCAGCAAAAAGAAACCAACGAUCAGUACAUGUGAAAAGUGCCAGUGUACUGUUUUGGUGAAAGAUUUUCCACGCCACACCGAGAUAUGUGGGUCAGCACCACAUUAUUGGGAGAUGUCUGUCAUAAAGCCCCGAUGUAUAAUGAAAGGGUUUGUCGUGCAGUUCGAGAAAUGGGACGAGUAUCUUCCACCUGAUACAUGCGGUUGGCUACGUAGGUAUUCGGUUUUCAUGCAUCCCCAGGCAAUGGAGAUUCUUGGCAUCAAUGCAAGACAACCAGUUCGUGUCCAAACUCCCGUUAGCGAUUACAUUGGAGUGGUUUGGCCAUGUAAAGAGAUAGGAAUUUUGCGUAUAUCUCUUACUGAAGAAAACGGCGCUUGGGAGAAACUUGCUUGCAUCACCCCUAUCUGGAAUUCUCUACGUCUUCAACGAAUUUCUUUAUCAAUUGACUCACCUCUACCACUAGCCGUUGCAUCGUUGCAGGAGUACAUACAGAUGUAUUUGUCGAACUCUUAUAUCCAACCUGGAAUUGCAAUUCCUCUGAAUUAUUAUGGAAAAGUUAUUCAAAUCGUUCCAGACGUCCCACUCGAGCUCGCUCUGAAGGACAUGUCACUAGAAGAUGGAGAGCUAGAGUCGAUGGACGAGUUCAGUGAGAAGUACACUCUGAUUCCUCCACGAUGCGUAGUAAUUCUGGAUUGGCCAUCAGUGGACAAAGAGCACAAGGGUUUCAGCAAAUUAGUGCAAUUGAUAGACAAUCAGUGUGCAGCUGUGGUCCUUUCUGUACGACAAGCGGAGGAGCUUGACCUCGGAGUCCGAGUCAGGUUUCCUGUAGAAGUUGAAGUUGAUGUUCCAAUGGAGGAAGAGCGAAUAGAAAUUUUGCGAUCUUUGACGGGCUCUUCUGAUGAUGUUAUCGUCGACUUGGCUAAGUGA